UCUCUUUAUCUUUGAGCCAAACAAAUACAAAACGGAGAAAAAUAGGAUUAGAUAGGGGGGGAUAGGGGCGGAGAAAUGAGAACGAGGAAAGGCUGUUGUUAUCCGAGAGCGGAGGAUGUGUGGGCGGAGAAGAGAGUAGUGAAGCGCCGGGAUUUCACCGGCGAACACUUGCCUUAUAGGAAACGGCAGAGAUUCUGGCCGGAGAUGGCGGCGGAGAAGUCCGAUUUGUUCGAUUCUUUGCCGGAUGAUCUUGUCAUUUCUAUUCUGUCUAAGCUCAGCUCCUCCGGCGGUUGUCCUUUGGAUUUCGUCAACGUUUUGAUGACAUGCAAGAGAUUGAAUAGUUUGGCGCUUCAUUCUCUUGUGUUAUCCAAAGGCUCCUCGAAAAUGUUUGCUAUUAAAGCAAAGAACUGGUCGGAGUCUGCUCACCGGUUUUUGAAACUUUGCGCCGAUGCCGGAAAUGCUGAAGCUUGUUACACUCUUGGCAUGAUUCGGUUUUACUGCUUACAAAAUCGAGGAAGCGGAGCCUCGCUGAUGGCCAAGGCGGCGAUUAGCUCUCACGCGCCCGCGCUAUACUCGCUGGCAGUGAUUCAGUUCAACGGGAGCGGUGGUUCAAAGAACGAUAAGGACCUCCGAGCCGGUGUGGCUUUGUGUGCUCGGGCUGCCUUCCUUGGCCAUAUCGAUGCGUUACGCGAGCUUGGUCACUGUCUUCAGGACGGCUAUGGCGUCCGUCAGAACAUCGCCGAAGGCCGUCGGUUUCUCGUUCAAGCCAACGCACGGGAGCUUGCCGCCGUACUCUCUACGAGCGCUUCAAAAAUCUCCAGCGGUUCUUGGCUCACAUGGAGUCCUCAUCCGAUCCCGCAUCCAAAUCACCGUCACAUGUCCGGGCCGGGAUGUCCGUUGCUUAGCGAUUUCGGAUGUAAUGUGCCGGCGCCGGAUGCGCAUCCGGCGAGCCGAUUCCUGGCCGAGUGGUACACAGCUAAAGGAGUUCCUGGCCCGGGGCUCAGGCUUUGCUCGCAUGUGGGAUGCGGAAGGCCGGAAACCAGGAAACACGAGUUUCGUAGGUGUUCUGUUUGUGGAGCUGUGAAUUACUGCUCACGCGCGUGCCAGGCGCUUGAUUGGAAGCUGCGACAUAAAGCCGAGUGCGCACCGGUUGAGCGGUGGCUGGAUGAAGAAGCAGAAGGUAUUGAUGGCGACGGGGGAGUCGACGGCGACGAUGCUGUCAUGGGAGAGAGUUAGUAGGUAACGCCGGUGUUGUAUUCACGGUAACGGUAACGGUAACGGCUGUUGGUAUAGAAGGGCUAAAAAGCUAAGGCCUUAAACUGCCCUGAAAAAAAAAAAAAAUAUAUAUAUAUAUAUAUAUAUCUAAAAAGGGAGAACGAGGCCAAUUUUGAUGGUAAUUUUAAGUUAUUAAAAAAAAAACACUUUUAUCUGUGUUGAAAAAGGGCAGAAUUAAAUUCAAUUGGAAUGGAGGGGUAAAUCGGACAAAUCUGGAGCACUAUUUCCGUUUUUUUUAAUCUUCUUUUUUGUACUAUAUAGAGUAUAGAGAGAGAGCAAUGUCCUUAAUUUCGGUAAAUUAUAUUAACUCAUUUCAUGUAAUUUCUUUCACUUUCCCUUUUUGCAAUUUCAGUAUUUUC